AUGUCCCGAGUCAAGAAAGGUAUGUCCCGAGUCAAGAUAGGUAUGUCCCGAGUCAAGAAAGAAAUGUCUCGAGUCAAGAUAGGUAUGUCCCGAGUCAAGAUAGGUAUGUCCCGAGUCAAGAAAGGUAUGUCCCGAGUCAAGAUAGGUAUGUCCCGAGUCAAGAUAGGAAUGUCCCGAGUCAAGAUAGGUAUGUCCCGAGUCAAGAAAGGUAUGUCUCGAGUCAAGAAAGGUAUGUCCCGAGUAAAGAAAGGUGUGUCCCGAGUCAAGAUAGGUAUGUUACGAGUCAAGACAGGUAUGUCCCGAGUCAAGAAAGGUAUGUCCCGAGUCAAGAUAGGUAUGUCUCGAGUCAAGAUAGGUAUGUCUCGAUUCAAGAUAGGUAUGUCUCGAGUCAAGAUAGGUAUGUCCCGAGUCAAGAAAGGUAUGUUACGAGUCAAGACAGGUAUGUCCCGAGUCAAGAUAGGUAUGUCCCGAGUCAAGAUAGGUAUGUCCCGAGUCAAGAAAGGUAUGUCCCGAGUCAAGAUAGGUAUGUCCCGAGUCAAGAUAGGAAUGUCCCGAGUCAAGAUAGGUAUGUCCCGAGUCAAGAAAGGUAUGUCUCGAGUCAAGAAAGGUAUGUCCCGAGUAAAGAAAGGUGUGUCCCGAGUCAAGAUAGGUAUGUUACGAGUCAAGACAGGUAUGUCCCGAGUCAAGAAAGGUAUGUCUCGAUUCAAGAUAGGUAUGUCCUUAGUCAAGAAAGAAUCACGCCUACGCUCGCCAAGUGGAAGAUCUCAGAGAGCGUCGCAGGUCUGGUGCCGUGAGGAUGAUCCGGGUUGGCUGGCCUUCUGUCAGACUGCCUGGUCUGGUGCCGUGAGGAUGAUCCGGGUCGGCUGGCCUUUUGUCAGACUGCCCGGUCCGGUGUCAUUAUCACAGCAGGCGUCUCGUGAUGCUCGGCUGCGUUUCCAUGGCGAUCUGAAGUCAGCGUGCAAGCUUCAUUUCAUCGGUCGGAGGUCUGAGCUCGCCGAUCCGAAGACUGAGAGGAUGAUGCUGAACGACCGCUGGACCAUCAUGAACAACAGCAGCUCCGAGCUGGACAGCAAACGGCCAAUCAAAACCAAGAAAUGCUGCAGCGUCCUGUUUUGGUCAGUCUUCAUGUUGGUUGCCGUGGCAGCAGUUGUCACAGCAACAGUCACCAUCCUGUACGUCAACCAGUAUCCUCUACCCUUCAUCACCAGGGGCGGAGUCUUUUCCUCCUCUCCCAUCAUCUCGACCAAUCCCAGAGAGUCUGCCCUGGUGACAGUGUCGCGUGUCACAGACGGAGAGCCAAUCAGCAUCUUCCUGGAGCCGAACUGCCCGGACCACAGCGAGCACUUCCUGCGGUGGGAGGGGCUUCAGAACUCGCUGCUCCGGGCGCUGACCAAUCACAACGCAGGAGACUGGCAGGAGAGGGGAUUGGUCCAGAAGCUGGGGGAGGAGCUUAAGGUGUUAUCAGGCCACGCCCACAACCUGAGACUGGAAGCUGAUUCGCUGAAAAGAGGUCAUGGUGUUCUGGACCAACGAUUGGACGCUCUGCAGAGCGAACAGAGCCGCAUCAUACAGAUGCUGACAGACAGUCACUCAGGUGUGCUGAAGUUAGCUUCCGGCUUCACGGACUCUCUGCUCAGACUGCAGGCGGAGACAGACAGUCUGAAGAGGCUGAGGAGUGAGACAGGUGAGACAGGUGAGACAGCGGUCAGACCCAGGGACUGUAGUGAUGUCAUGGCGUCUGGCGGCUCUCAGGACGGAGUUUAUUCCGUGUUUCCGACUCACGACCCCGACGGCUUCAUGGUUUACUGCGACAUGACGACUGAUGGAGGCGGCUGGACGGUGAUCCAGAGGAGGGAGGAUGGUUCUGUUAAUUUCUUCCGAGGCUGGGAGGCAUACAGAGACGGCUUCGGCAAAACUACAGGAGAGCACUGGCUGGGUCUCCAGAGGAUGUCGUCUCUCACCAGGUCAGGAGGUUAUGAGUUACGUAUCGACAUGUCAGACUUCGAUAACGCCACCGCGUUCGCUCACUACGGCGACUUCUCCGUCGGCCGCGACUCCGUCAACCCCGAAGAGGACGGCUACCCGCUGACUGUGGACCAGUACUCCGGCACCGCAGGCGACUCCCUCCUGAAGCAUUCUGGGAUGCAGUUCACCACGCGGGACCGGGACCAGGACCAGUCGGAGAACAACUGUGCGGCGUACUACCAGGGCGCCUGGUGGUACCGGAACUGCCACACCUCCAACCUGAACGGCCAGUACCUGCGGGGGGGCCACGCCUCCUACGCCGACGGGGUCGAGUGGUCCAGCUGGACCGGCUGGCAGUACUCUCUGAGGUUCACCGAGAUGAAGAUACGCCCCCGGCCCAAACCUGACCUCUGA